AACCUAUUGUUAACUAAAAAUAUUUUGAUAAUCCUAAAUUUAGUUCAAAUUGGAAGAUGCAUCGAGUGGGAAUACAUUUCCGCCAAACAACAGCACUAUUAUACCGAGUGCGCCAGCUGUUAUUGCCGCCGCCAAUCUAUCGUCAACCAUAUCACAACGUCGUAUCAAUAGCAAUUCAUUGAAUUCCUCGAAUCAAUCGCUGAACUCAAUUGGUCGACCCGUUUCUGCACCGGUUAACGCCAGCACAUCCUCCACUUUGCUCAGCAACGAUGCUCAGAGCGAAGGUGUUGGAAUUUACGGUCGAAGACUCACUUCCGGAAAUGCAAAUACUUACAGUAACAGCGGCAGCAGCACUGCUACUACAACGGCGGCGGCCACAUCCACAACCACAGCCAACGUUACAGCUUCUACGGCUACUGCGGCGUCUAAAGCCAAUGAGGAUAAAGAUAACGACAAAGAAAACGAUAAUCGCAAUUUGGCUGCUUCUGCUAUACAGCGAAGAAGAAAACCAAAACGAAGAUCCACCGGCGUUGUACAUAUCGAUAUGGAUGAUCUCGAUCCAGAACGACAAGAUUCGGCCAACGAUACGGAAGAGAAAGAUAAGGAGAAAGAGAACCGGACCCUUUUCUCUAUGAAAUCAACAAAAACCUUUUUUAACCACCUGCACGAAGGAGGUCGAACUGAGUUUGGGCA